AAAAUUCCACCCCCAAAUAAAUAAGAACCAGUCAAAUUAAGCUUUCUUUUAUACCAGAACCACCUUAACCCCUCUCUUCAUGGCCCUUUACCUUCUCUAUCGUUUCUAUAUACGUUCUUGAAACACCGCCGGCCACCACCGUUGAUCGGUGUUCCGACCAAGGGUCAACGAUCAUCACGACGAUGACCCAACAAACACUUAUUUAUUACCUAUCGGAACACCCCACCAUAGUCAAAUUCAGGUGGAGCCACACCGAAUCAUGGGGCUCCACCUGGUCUUUCCUCUUCACCUCCAUCUCCGCCUAUCUCCUCCUUGCACUCCUCCUCCACCUCCUCCUGUACUACCGCCGUCGCCCUGUACCUCUCGGCCCAAUCCCCGCUCUACACUCCCUUUCCAUGGCCCUCAUCUCCCUCACAAUCUUCACCGGAAUUCUUUUCUCAGCGGCGGCGGAGAUCCGUGACACUCGGUGGUUCUGGCGACGGACCAAGACCACGCCUUUUCAAUGGUUUCUGUGUUUUCCGUUAGGUACGCGUCCGUCGGGUCGGGUCUUUUUUUGGUCGUAUAUCUUUUACUUGACCCGUUUCCUCCAUACUUUCCGAACAUUCUUCGCCAUUCUCCGCCGCCGGAACCUCUCAUUUUUCCGCCUGUUCAACCACUCAAUCCUCAUCCUCAUGUCGUUUCUAUGGCUUGAAUUCUCCCAAUCGUUUCAAAUCCUUGGAAUUUUGUUAACAACCUCUAUUUACUCCGUCGUGUACGGGUACCGAUUCUGGACGGCGAUUGGCCUCCGGAGCGCUUGUUUCCCGUUCGUCAUCAAUUGUCAGAUGGUUCUGCUUGCUUGCAACAUCGUCUGCCAUGUCGGAGUUCUUCUUCUCCACUUGAAUAAAGGUGGGUGCAAUGGAAUCGGCGCAUGGGGGAUUAAUUCGGUGCUCAACGUUGCAAUUUUGCUACUUUUCUUGAAUUUCUAUGUCAACAGUCAUCUGAAGCAGCGGAGGAAGAAGGCGGCGUUGUCGCCGGACCACCGUGAUGACGUCGAUGGAAAAGCGAAUACAGUUUCUGCUGCCAGGGAAACCAAUCGAAUUGGUCGUAGCGACUAUAAAGACAAAAAUAUUUGAAAGGUGUGUGGACAAUGGACAGUGGCCAAAUUUUUUGUCACCAUUAAAACUUUUUUUAUUUUAUUUAUUUUAGUUUUAGUAUUUUUAGGGGGGUGGUGAUAAAUAAUAUAAUAUAAAAUAAUAAAAACUUCCACCACAAUAAUAAUCAAUAAUGUGUAUAAAAUACAAUUAUGAAAGAAAGGGAAAAGGUGUAUGAUAAUAUAGUAUUUAGUGACACUAGAAUGUAUUUAAGACUCAAAAAAGGGUCAAAAAUUCUUGUAUUUUUGUAAUAUUUUACGAGUACAAAUGUUUAAUGUAAUUCAGAA